AUCGCGCGUUCUUGUUUCCAUCCGAGUUAAAUAAACGCGGAACCGGUUUCCUGUGCGUUACACGCGCGUAUGCAGGUUAAACUAAACAUUGUUUGAAUAAUCAACGUAUCUUAAGGUAAUAAAACACAAUGGAAACGAUUUUAGAGCAACAACGUCGAUACCAUGAGGAGAAAGAGAGGCUCAUGGACGCUAAAACAAAGGAGAUGCUGACGAAAAAAACAACGCUGAGAGACCAGAUCAACUCAGAUCACAGAGUGAGAGCCAUGCUGGAUAGAUACAUGGAAGUGAGUGUAAACCUCAGAGACUUGUAUGAAGACAAAGAUGGUAUGAGGAAGGAUGAGCUGAAUGCAAUAUCAGGACCAAACGAGUUUGCAGAAUUCUACAAUCGACUCAAGCUAAUCAAGGAAUUUCACAGAAAGCAUCCUAAUGAGAUCUGUGUGCCCAUGUCAGUGGAGUUUGAGGAGCUCAUGAAAGCCAAAGACAACCCUAGCGAGGAGGCACAAAACUUGGUGGAGUUCACUGAUGAAGAGGGUUAUGGGCGAUACCUGGAUCUCCAUGACUGCUACCUAAAAUAUAUUAAUCUAAAAGGAGUAGAGAAACUGGAGUAUGUUACCUAUCUGUCAACAUUCGAUCAGCUCUUUGACAUUUCUAAAGACAGGAAGAAUGCUGAAUAUAAGAAGUACCUGGAGAUGUUGUUGGAGUACCUGCAGGAAUACACAGAUCGCGUCAAGCCUUUGCUGGAUCAGAAUGAGCUGUAUGGAAAGAUUUUGGCAGAGUUUGAGAAGAAGUGGGAGACUGGAAUGUUUCCAGGCUGGCCGAAAGAGACAAGUAGCGCACUGACUCAUGCUGGAGCUCAUUUGGAUCUUUCUGCAUUCUCUUCCUGGGAGGAGCUGGCGUCUCUGGGUCUGGAUAGGUUGAAGUCUGCUCUUAUGGCUUUAGGCCUGAAAUGUGGAGGUACACUAGAAGAGAGGGCUCAGCGUCUGUUCAGCACCAAAGGCAAAUCUCUGGAGUCUCUAGAUCCCUCUCUGUUUGCCAAAAACCCAAAAGCCAAGGGACCAAAGAAAGACUCAGAACGCAACAAGGAGUCAGCUUUUCUUGAAGCUCAGAUUUAUGAAUAUGUGGAGAUCUUGGGGGAGCAAAGGCAGCUGACCCAUGAGAACGUACAGAGGAAGCAGGCACGUACAGGUGAGGAACGUGAUGAAGAGGAUGAAGAGCAGCCCAGUGAGAGCGAGAGUGAAGAUGAAGAUAAUGAGAUCAUAUACAACCCCAAAAACUUACCACUUGGAUGGGAUGGAAAGCCGAUUCCAUACUGGCUCUACAAGUUGCAUGGUCUGAACAUUAAUUACAACUGUGAGAUCUGUGGGAAUUACACAUACAGAGGACCUAAAGCCUUUCAGAGACACUUUGCGGAGUGGCGUCAUGCUCAUGGCAUGCGCUGUUUGGGCAUUCCUAAUACAGCCCACUUUGCCAAUGUCACCCAAAUUGAGGAUGCAGUAUCCCUGUGGUCAAAACUGAAGUCACAGAAAGCAUUGGAGCGAUGGCAGCCUGACACAGAGGAGGAGUAUGAAGACUCCAGUGGAAAUGUUGUCAACAAGAAGACUUAUGAGGAUUUGAAACGACAGGGACUGCUGUAGAGUCCUUAACAACAUACACAUGAAAUUUGCGCAAUGUAAAUACUAAAGCACAUGUUUCUUUCAGUCAUAGUGAAUAGAGCGGUGCAGAAAUAGCAAUAAAACCUGGAAGAGUAAUUAGCUAACCCUAACCCUAACCCUAACCCUAACCCUAACAGGUUUCUAGAAUUCAGUUUAUCAAGUAAUAUCUGUGGUAAGCAUAAUGUGAUAAUACUUUAGCGUUUUGCUCUGCGUUGUGAAUUAGACACACUCAUAUCAAAAAGGUGAAUCUUAACACGGUUUUGUAUCUUUUACAAAGGAAUAUGUUUCUAAAAAGUAACUUGAAAGUUUGGUCAUGGGUUUGAGUAGUUUGCAUUGUAGAACAGAACGUUAAAAUAUUGUUGAAUUGUGUACCACAGGCCUUUUUAUUGACUGGUGAUCUUGUAAGAACCUAUUGAAUUAUUAAUUUGGGUUGUGAUGUCAUUUCUGCAUCACUCUAACAUUCAAAGAUUUGUUCCUCUAGUUUGUGUGAAAUGUGAUUUAUCUUUUUAAUCUGUUUGUACGUUGUUAUUGUUAUGUCACAUUUUCUUUUGGGAUCUUAUACAUUAGACAGAUACUUUCGUUAUU